AUGGCUACUGCUUUUUUACCGGAUGAUAACUCUGACAUAAACACCGGUGACCAGUAUUGUGAAAUUUUUUGUCUUAUCUGGCUCGACGCUCGUGCGAACGCUAAAGAUGUUCGAGAUACAGAACAAAAAUUACGUUCUAUAAUUAAUCGUCUGAAGAAGUUUCAAGAUGUGAAGCAAUGCCAAAAAUAUAUUGAACAAAUAUCACAAACUGAACGAGUAGUCAUGAUUGUUAGUGGCCAAUUGGGACAAGAAAUAGUUCCUUUUAUUUACAAAAUUCGACAAGUUAUAUCGAUCUAUGUAUACUGCAUGGAUAAGGAAGGCAACAAAACGUGGAUUGACAAAUUUGCAAAAGUAAAAGAUGUUGUCGGUGACCUUGAUGAACUUAUCUCUCGAAUUAAAGCUGAUCAUAAAAUUCAGAAAAAAGUCGAAGAACCAUUAUCAAUUAAUAUUUUUAGCGCAGGUAAAUCAACAACAGGUUUAAAUGGUCAAUUUGUUUUUUCACAAGUUCUAAUUGAUUGUCUUAUCCGACUGCAAUACACUGAAGCGGAUGAAAAAGAACUCAUUCAUUUUUGUAAACAACAAUAUGAAGGUAAUAGUGUUGAAUUAAGAAAAAUUAGUGAAUUUCAACAAGAUUAUUCAUCUGACAAUGUGUUAUGGUGGUACACACUAGAAUCAUUUUUUUAUAAGACUCUUAAUGCUGCUCUUCGGAUUCCAGAUAUUCAUACCAUUUUUUUAUUUCGUAAAUAUAUUACUGAUAUUCAGCAUCAAUUGAAAAAUAAUCAAGCUACAAAUUUGCUUCGCGUUUAUCGAAGUCAAAUGAUAUCAAGUGAUGAAUUGCAAACUUUGAAAAAAUGUUGUGGUGACUUUAUUUCUAUUAAUUCAUUCUUUUCUACCAGCAUGGACAAACAAAAAGCUCUUUCAUUUCUCAAGGUGCCCGAUGGUACUGAAAAUUUAGAGGCUGUAUUAUUUGAAAUCAAUGCUAAUCCUAAGAUGGCAAUUACAAAACCAUUUGCUGAUAUCAGUGAAUAUAGUGAAUAUGGAGGCGAGUCUGAAGUGCUCUUUAUGCUUGGUUCUAUUUUUCGAUUGGACAGUGUCAAUUGCAACAAGAGUGAUCAAGUAUGGAUCAUCGAAAUGACUUUAUGUAAUGAGGAAGAACAUCGUUUGAAACAAGUUCUCAUGGAUAUGAAACAGCAACUUAGGAGUGGAGAAACAAGUCUUCAAACGCUAGGACGACUACUAUGGGAGAUGAGUAGACUUGACUUGGCUGAAAAAUACUUUAUUCGCUUGUUAGAACAACUUUCACCCAACGAACCGUUACGUUUGGAUUUGUACCAAGAUCUUGCUAAAGUAGCAUCAACGGCCGGUAACUUUGAUAAAAGUAUGGAAUGGCGCGAAAAAGCAGUUGCAUUGAAGAAACAAAAUCCAUUAAUUUCGUCUUCCAGCAUUAGUAGACCAAAGAAUUCUUUUGGUAAGUUGAUUAAGAGAAAGCCUAAUAUCUUGAAAUAG